AAAAAUUCCAAAUCGUAUCAAACAACAGCAUAAACAACAAUCGUUCGCUUCAACAUGUCCAAGUCUCACCCGACCUUCGACCCUAGCCAGCUGCCGACCGAGGCUCUCGACGAUAUGUUGCGUCACUUGCUGCUGAAGAUUCCGCCAGCGCAGCGCACCGAGCUGAUGUACAAUCCAGAGCUAAUGGAGGAGGUGGUCGACAGAGCCGGAGCCGCGCUCGUCGAGCAUCGGGUGCGAAUGCAGGCCAUACGGCGUUUUGCACGCGAAAACAGACGCAUGUUAGCUGAAUUGCAGGAGGGAAUGGCGAAAAUGCACAGCGAUUUAGAUUAUAUAAGGGACUUGAAGGAGAGCUCGCAGGAACAAGUCGGGGACAUGACGUCCAGGUGGCCAACAGAACCGGACACUGAACUAGAAGAACGGCGAACUAAGCCAAAUGAAUUUGAAAGCCAGGACGAGACCCAAACGGACUCAAGUGAGAGAGAAUAUUCCAACACGGAGAGCAGGACCAGCAAUCUGUUAAUGGAGGAGCAGGAGUACGUAAGUAAUAGAUGAAGUGUGAUCCGAAGUUGAUUUGUGAGGGAAGUAAAGCACGAAGAGUUGAAGAAAACAGCGUAAGUGAAACUUAAGUUCGUCGGUUAAAAAAGAAAAACCCCCAAAUGUGAAAGCAAGAGUUCAUCCGAACGAAAAUGGAAAACGAGUUAGGAGACUGAGAGCCUGUGAUUGAAACAAAAGGACUUGAACAGAACACGAAGCAGGCAAAAAGCUGCAGUGUAUGUACGAGUGUGUGUGUGAGAAAAUGAGUUCUAGAAGGCAGCAGCGUGUGUGAAAGAAUCAAGAAAACAACAUCGAGCUGGGCAGUAGGGGGCAGGAGAGAGCAACCAUCGAGCAAAUGAAGUGCGAAGAAUCAAUAAAUAAAGUUUUGGUAUCCAUAACAGUGUCAAACAAAUUGAAAGUGUCCGCUUGUCAUCCCUGGACUGUUAUUAUUGUAUGUCAAAAUACGAGCAAAAUUACGUUUCGGAAAAAAGUAAUAAAAACAAUAUUUGGACAACGA